AUGUUCUCGGUCGUCAUCCCGGGCCGUCCGUGCCUAACAGACAUUGUCCCGGUGGACAGCCAAGCAAAUGGCCAAGCAACCAAAUUUGCCUUCACAAUUCCCUACAGCCCACCCUUCACCGACAUCGUGGUCUUCUUCCUUCCCGGCACUGUCCUCCCCCCAAAUACCGGCGCCGCAAUCUACGCCCAGCUCCCCGACCAAAACGGCAAUCCGACUGACUUCCGCUUCGUCGGCGCAUUAGCAAACGAAAAGCCAUCGGGCAUCUUCAGCGUGCGCUCGCCCGCGCAAGGCAAUGGCACCGGCCGAACAGAGGCUGAGGAAGAAGACGAGAUGCUGGACGAAGGAUCCAGUAAUCUCGUCUCCAGCGCCGCCAACGGCAUCGUAACCCUCGGCAUCUCAAUCGAGGCGGCAGAGAACAUCGCGCCCCAGCUCUCUGCGCUGGAGGCAGAGCGCUCACAGAAUGCAGCCUCGCGCUCGAUGGAUCUGGUGCGGCAAUCUGGAUCCGGUGCACAGCUGAAUCAAAGUCCUAUUUCGACAAAGGUGCUGGCGCAGCGGAUUAUCGGGAGCGCGUUCAAUUUCCUGGCCAGCUUUGCGGAGUCUGAUCCUUCGAAACAGGGCCAUGAUGUUGUGCCGUUGAAGAGUUUUCGCGAUUGGUGGACUAAGUUUGAGCGGCGGGUUGAGAUGGAUCCGGCGUUUUUGGAGCGCGAAGAUCCGAAUGCUAACUAG